AUGCCUUUGGAUGGAAGAGGUCUUCUCGAGAGUGAGGAGGUGUCUCUCCUAUUCCGUGCGUUUCGAAAUGGGGGAAGGGGAUGCAGGGUUAACAGGAAAGACGCGGACAAGGUCAAGAUUUCUAGGAUCAUAGAAGUCGCCAUGGGCUCUAUGCGGGCAUGCAGCCUUCGGGUCUGCUCGUUACUGCUCAGGGUGGUGGCAAAGACCUAUGAGGCCAAGGUCAGGAUUUGCCUAUUCGAGAUCAGGUCGUUGGUGAAGAUAUUGGAUGGGAAGAAGAGGGAAGGGCCCUGGAGGCGGAAAGAGAGAAACAUGCUUUCUAUGGACACCGGACUUGUAUCGAAUGGAUACAGCUCCGAAUUCAACGACACCCACCACACAGACAGCUUGAUGCUUAGCUACAGUGAGGCGCUAGAUCCUGCAGAUAUCCUGCAAUGCUCACCAAGAAGACGCUGUAGAAAUGUAUUUGACAAAGUGAUGGUACUCAGUACCAGUGGAAUGAUCAUUCCAGACACAUCCAGGGGCGGGAAGGAGAUGGAAGCCCUGGAGCCUGCAAAGGAGGAGGCCUUUGUCAUCAGAGAGGCCAGGAGGACGAUCCCAGAUGCCCAAAGCAUUGAAGUUGAGUACAGCGAGGUGUCCACGUUCGGCUCUGUAGAGAGAGGCCGCAGCUCCUCUGUGCACUCCACCAGGUAUGACUUCUCAGACCCCAUUUCCGACGAAGGCAUCCUUGACCUUUCCCAUAGCAUCCUAGACUUCGAUGAACAUGCAGUUGGAAGCAGGCAAAGAAGGGCUCGGAUCUUUUAUAGAAUGCUUGAGUUGAGCUCGAGGGGGUGUGUUAUCCCAAUACAGAAGCAGGCCUACGGCAAGAUUGUCCUCAUAAGGGCUGACUGGCCUGGAGAUGGGUUUUGA